CAUCGAGUAUCCGAACUAAAUUUCGCUGUCGAGUAGAGAAUAUACCCCUGGAAGAGACGCCUUGGAAUAAUAAUGGAAAAUGAAAAUCAAGUUGAGGAGGUAGCUUUGCUGGGCCAAGGUGGAAACGUCACCUAAAAUUUCAAAGCUCGUAGAGGAUUAGUAGGUUGCUACUGGUCGUGUCCUCUGACAGCGGCACCAGAUUUGUGUAUUCGGUCCUGUUGCGCACCGCAUAGGCUUUGGGGAUUCCCUUCCAAUUUCUGCAGAGACCAGUUUCUCCCAGAAGAUUACCACAUGUGACAACGCGGUGGAUUCUCGAGUCAAAAAAAUGAAGUUUUAGAAGCCCGCCGAAUCGAGACUCUCUUGCAGCUUCGAAACGCAGGGGAUCUGGCAAGCAAAAUGGCCUGAGAGAACUGACGAAAAUUUGACAGGUUUCUUGAACAGAUAUAUCGACUCAAUGUCGAUGGUGGAUUCGCGGAUACACCUGCAUGUGUCUGAAAAAAGUCAAUUAUGUACCCAGCUGUAGAUUGUGUCUGACAAUCUGUGCAUGUUUGAAGAAAGGAUUUGAUCCUCCUACAAAGAAAGGUUCGUGAACUUUUUCUUCUCGUGGAGGGCAAGGAUGGGUACAGCGGCGAGUUUGUAUUCUUGGCUCACUGCAGGCAUGGCCCCCUUCAUAUUGCUGCAUUAUCAGGGACGCCGAAUCCUUGGUCUGGAAUUUUUAAAGCAUGGACAAGAGCGGAGAGGAUAUCCAUCGGUGCUCAAGCCAGAAGGACCUCUAAUUUGGUUUCACGCCGUAUCUGUCGGUGAAGCGAUGGAAGCACUUCCAAUGAUUAGGAAGUGUUUGGAAGCUCGAUCACAUUUGAAUAUUUUGAUAUCAACCUCAACUGUUUCAGCAUUUUCAGUUCUACAAAAGAUCCUUCCCCCAAGGGUGAUUUGCCAGUUUGCACCCAUCGAUACCCCAGCUGCUGUCGACAACUUUCUAACAUACUGGCAGCCACAAGCUGCAAUUUUUAUGGAGAGUGAAUUAUGGCCAAACCUUAUUCUGGCCACUUCAAGAAGAGGGAUCCCGCUCGCUUUGCUGAAUGCCAAAAUGUCCCCAGCUUCUCACCGGAGAUGGUCACUUUCACCGGUCAAGGGCCUUGUGAAGGAUAUGAUUACCAAAUUUACUUUAAUAACCCCCGUGAAUAAUAAGGAGUCUAUACGAUACCAAAAUUUGGGUGCGCUUCCUCAUCAAAUACACUUUGGGGGGAACCUGAAGUACGCUUCUGGGGCAAUGGACCUCUCGGUUGUGGAUGGACCGGUUUAUCAAGGCUUGCGAAAUCAGAUACUCGGUCGACGAGCUUGGUUGGCAGCCUCUACACACAAAGGAGAAGAAAAGGUGAUCGUCUCGGUCCAUAAAAGGCUAAAGCAGCUGUUUCCAAACCUGCUGACAAUUAUCGCGCCAAGGCAUCCCGACCGUGGAACAGAGAUAGAAAACAACACAAGAGACGCUCUUAUUUCGGAGGUUUCUCGAAGAUCUAUCAACGAACGACUCACAAUGUGGACUGAAGUGUACAUCGCAGAUACUCUAGGUGAACUGGCAAUUUUUUAUCACUUAGUUACCGUGGCUUUUGUUGGAGGCUCCUUAUUUCAAGGACUGAAUGGACACAACAUAGCAGAGCCUGCAUCUGCUGGUUGCGCAGUAAUCACAGGCUACAAUGUUGGACACUUUCAGGAAAUGGUAACAGAAAUGCGAAUGCAUUCACCCUUGGCAGUUGAGCAGGUAUCGGGGGAGGAUGAGUUAUACGAGUGUAUGCGAAGGUUGCUCGGAAACGAAAGUUCUCUCGCUGCAAGACGUGAAGCUGCUCUUGCAGCAUCAAAUGCAGCUCGAGCGAAUGUUGUGAAUAGAAUUUACAGGUUGCUGAACGUUCAUGUUUUAAACCAGGCUCUUGGUAAGCUUAGUAGCGAUGAGUAGCGACAGUACUCUAUCACCAGAGUUUGAUUUUAGACGAAAGAAUAUGAACUGAAGGGUAUGGAUUAUGCUUAGCACUCUACACUUCCGAGGAUGGAACACUGGGCCAUAUAGAAAUCAUGGCAUACAUCGAUGAGUCUUGUAAUGUCACUUACUUAGAUUGUGCAGUAGGAGCAGUUAAUUAUUUUUGAUUUCGCAUAUCGGAGAACGUCACCUCACCGGAAGCUUCAUGGGAAGUAGGCGGCCCGGUCUGUUUAGAAGUGAAAGGCCGGUGUUUGCUAGCUCUUGUAAAUUCAUCGUGAAACUAUACAAUUGGAAGAGCACGCACCUCGCAGGAGCUAUUAGUAAAGGUAAUGAAGAUAAGAAAGAUCUACCAAAGAGCAGAAUCUAAGGACGUGACGAUGGGACGAGUUGAAAACUAAUGUGGGUCUAAUUAUUGAACACGUACUCCUGACUACGCCUUUCAUGAUGAAAUAUUAUCAUGGG